UGUUGGGACCUAUACUACAGAACAUUCAAAGGCUGAGAAUUUCGGUUUCGUCUGUCUGAAAAUGGAAGAAAUCCGCCGCAUAGAAACAGUAAAACUAGGCAAUCAAGGCUUGCAGGUUUCGAGGUUAGGGUUCGGAUGCGGAGGUCUUUCCGGGAUGUUAAACGCCCCUCUCACACAUGAAGAUGGAUGCUCGGUCAUUAAAGAAGCUUUUAACAACGGCAUAACCUUCUUUGAUACGGCGGAUCUCUAUGGUGAAAACCACGAUAACGAGAUCAUGGUUGGCAAGGCCUUGAAGCGGCUUCCUAGAGAUCAAAUUCAACUAGCUACAAAAUUCGGUAUUAUUGUGUUAGAGGGACUUCAAUUUGAAAUCAAGGGUACCCCAGAAUACGUCCGGCACUGCUGCGAAUCUAGUCUUAAGCGGCUCGAUGUGGAUUACAUCGAUCUGUACUACCAGCACCGCGUGGACACUUCAGUUCCGAUAGAGGAGACUAUGGGCGAGCUAAAGAAGCUGGUGGAGGAAGGAAAGAUAAAGUACAUUGGAUUGUCGGAAGCUAGUGUUGACACCAUAAGGAGAGCUCAUGCAGUUCAUCCCAUUACUGCCUUGCAAAUGGAAUACUCUCUCUGGACUCGUGAAAUCGAAGACGAGAUAAUUCCACUUUGUCGAGAACUCGGAAUUGGGAUAGUAGCAUAUAGUCCUCUAGGUCACGGUUUCUUCGGCGGGAAGGCAGUUGUGGAGAGCUUGCCCGAUGGAAGUUCAAUGGGAAUGCAUCCGAGGUUCCAGGGGGAGAAUUUAGAGAAAAACAAGAUCAUCUAUAAUCGACUUUCCGAUCUAGCUACGAAGCAUGGCUCCACGGUUCCUCAACUAGCUCUAGCAUGGCUUAUGCACCAGGGAGAUGACAUAGUCCCUAUCCCUGGGACAACUAAAGUUAAGAACAUCAAAGACAAUAUCGGAUCCUUGGCAUUGAAGCUUACACAAGAGGACUUGAAAGAAAUCUGUGAUGCUGUGCCCAUCGAUGAUGUGAGUGGCCCAAGAGAAGCCGCCAGUAUAGCUAAAUAUGCUUGGAAGUUUGCCGAUACCCCAUCGAAGAGCUGUGUGUGAAUGAAUAAGUUGUGUCUUCAUAUAUGCAUUUGAGACUCGUUUUACGCAUAUUACGUGUUGUAUAGAUGUUGGACAGGGGCAUGGCAACCACUGUUUAAGAGUCCAUGAAAUUAUAAGCAUAUGUAAUAAGUGAAUAAUAGCCGAGGUAUUGUAGCACGAGGGAGAUAAGCUAAGAAAACACUUCAUGCAUAAAUGAGUCAACUACAUAGGCCAUUCU